AUGAUGCGUUCCUAUCUUUUGGCCGGUUUCCUUGCCGCUCUCUCUGACCAAACCAACGGCCUCGAUGCAACAUCUGUGCAAUUUGGUACCGCGCCCGAUUCCUACUCGCAGUCCUGGGAGUUCAACACCGAGGGCUUCGCCAACGAUGAAGAUGUUAUCACCCGUGUAGACUCCUCUAAGCCCCUCCUUUGUGAGCGGGGCAGCCCAUGCCAGCUUGACCCCGAGGGGUCGAGUAUCCCCUUUCGGGUCGUUUGA